AUGGCUGGGUUCGUUGGCUUUGCCCUGAACGCUGCGGGUGUGGUUGGACCCAUGGCACUUACCGCAGGCCUCGACAAAGCAGAUCGCCAAUCCGAUGUCAAUGUCGUUAUUAUCCUCGGGACCGGCGGCGGCCCUAAAGUCUCGACCAGUGGGAACAUCCCACACGUUGCAGUAUGGGAUGACGACGGCAACCGUAUCGGCCAGUAUCACCCCGGCAAGAAUCAGAAGUUUGGAAAGAUGGAUUCGACGACUAUAGGCAUCAAUGCCUAUCAGAAUGGAGGCGCGAGUACGGAUCCAUAUUACGUGAUGGUUAGCAACUUGGACAACGACGCCAUCUGCGUGGCCUCGAUUGCUGUUUCGAACGAGAAGAUCAGCAGUACCUUCUUUGGCGAUACCGGGAAGAUGUGCGGCCAGUCGUGGUUCUUGAGUGAGAACAAGAUUGGAGAUAACUUCUACAAACCGGCUUGUGUCUGGCUGGAUGCGGACCAUACAAACAAGAUAAAUGCGCGGGCCCUCAGCUUUCAUUUGAACGACAUGGCACCAGACCCAGACAAAAUAAACGAGUACAACCAAAGACCAGAGACGCUCUGCCAGAGUACUCCGCGCUUUUCGUUCUGGGGCAAUAUGUUGCCCGAUGGCAUCCCUCCCUUCUUCAAGCCAAAGCUCGAAUAUCUGGUUGAUGCAGAUAACGCCAAUGGCGAGGGCGCAGACAAGUUUCCGGACCGCGUGAUCGACAAACCCCAUCAGUAUAACAAAGCGGUAUACAUUCAACAGGGCGAGAAGGCUGCAAGGGCGGCAAGGAACUUGCGACGAAGCGCCAAUGCCACCAUGAGCGCCAACCACAAUCCAGAGCACCUGAUCAUCACCCAUCAUACGGAGGAUAACGUCCGCGAAGUCUGCGAACAUAAGAACUCGUAUGGCUGGGACAUUGUAUCGACCGUGCAGAACUUGUAUUGCGACAUGGAAACCAAGCAACUCUAUCAGCUUUGUAACGGCAAAGAUCUCAAAGAGGACUGCUUCGAUAUGAACAGCAAGACGAUUGUUCCGAAAUGCGGUGUGAAUGCUCGAGAUGAAGUCGGCUCAAAUAUUCCGGUCAAAGCAUACACUUCAGAGGCUCAUUGGCAGGCGUGA